AUGACUACAGUAGAUAUUAUUGAAUUGGGACUAAAGAGUUGCGGGUUUUUGUUUUAAAGAACAAGAAUGGAUGUUAGAAUGAGUGUUUCAUUAGUGAUCAAAUUUAUUUUCUUUGGUUUAUGGUUUUUUGAAAGUGGAGAUGAUAAAUAUUUAGGAGGGCAUUUUGCCACAACAUUGAUUACAUGGGUAAUUUUCCAUCUUUACAUACUGAUUAUAGAGAAGAAUUAUAUUAUUUUUGGGGUGAAUGAAGUAUAUAAUAGACGAAAAUGGUAUAAAAUAGUAGAUUUUCUCUAAUCAACAAUUCUUUUUAUUUAUUUUAGUAUUUCAGUUUACGCAAAUGACAACUAAUCAUUUUUUUACAAUAUUUCAAUAACUUCAUUAUUUGCUGAUAUUGCACUGAAUUUUGAUUAAUAUUUAAAAUUUUUAGAAAGAUAAAGAGGGAUUGAUUCAAAUCUUAUUUUAGAAAGAAGAAUAUAAGGUGAUGAAUAAGUUAAUUAAUCAGGUGGAGAAAUUACACUUUAUUGUACAAUGAUGAUUGGGGCAGGAUUAGCUAUGGGAAUGGCAAUUCUAAUGUAAAUAGAGUUAAAUAAAAAACCUCAUUUAUAAACUUUUCCUUUUUAUAUAUGGACAACAUAUCUUUGUGCAAUUGGGGAAGCUAUUUUUAUGUGUUUUAUUGGAUAUUAUUUAAUGCCAAACGUUCAAAAACCUGAUCUUAAUAGUGAACAAGGUAGGAAUGAUUAUAUUAAAUGUUUUCCAAGCAAACAUCUUUUAUGUUCAAUGUACGGGUUAUGCAUUGGUUUCUUUAGUUUAUAUUAUGCAUUUUUCUUAGGAUGCUAUGGAUUUUUAAAAAUUGCACAGAAAAUUCUUCAGGCUAUUGGUUGGCUGGCUAAAAAUUCAAAUAAUCAAACAGUCCAUCCUAAUAAUUGA